AUGUUCCCUUGCGUUCGAACCCAUGUGGAUGCAUGCAGACACGCAAGCCGCAUGCACCACACGGGUUUCAAGUAUUUAUAUCUCACGCCAGAUGACUUCAAGAAGGUGGCUUCAAUGAAUUCUGUGAAAGCAGAGCUCGUCGAAGAAGAUGGAGAAGCUCGUUACAAGAUCACCGACAUCAUCGGGAAGGAGGAGGGACUCGGAGUUGAGAAUCUCAAAUGGUCAGGGACGAUCGCAGGAGAAUCUUCGCAAGCAUACAACGAAGUAGUGACCAUUUCGAUGGUGACGUGUCGAGCCAUUGGGAUCGGAGCGUAUCUGGUUCGCCUAGGUCAAAGAGUCGUUCAGGUGGAUUCCUCUCACAUCAUCCUCACUGGAUGUGGAGCACUCAAUAAGCUCCUCGGUCGAGAAGUGUACACGUCGAACAAUCAGUUGGGAGGUGUCCAGAUCAUGUUCCACAAUGGAGUAUCCCAUGCCACGGCCAAAGAUGACCUUGAUGGAAUCCACACCAUCCUGAAGUGGCUCUCUUACAUCCCAAAGGUUAAAGGAGGGAGCCUACCGACGAUGCCGAGCAUGGACCCCGUGGAUCGAGAUAUCAUGUUCACUCCCACGAAAUCCCCAUACGACCCGAGGCACAUGCUGGCUGGGCGUCCUUCCCCCGUGGAUCCCAACGUCUGGGAGAGUGGUUUCUUCGAUAAAGAUUCCUGGGACGAGAUCCUCGGCAGAUGGGCCGGGACGGUCGUAACGGGAAGGGCCCGACUCGGCGGAAUCCCUGUCGGUGUCAUCGCCGUCGAGACCCGCACCGUCGAGGUUCAACUUCCGGCGGACCCGGCCAACAUUGAUUCCGAAGCCAAGAUCGUGUCUCAAGCAGGUCAAGUCUGGUUUCCCGAUUCCGCAUAUAAGACCUCUCAAGUCAUCAAGGACUUCAAUAGAGAGAAUCUACCCCUCUUCGUAUUUGCCAACUGGAGGGGGUUCUCUGGGGGUAUGAAGGAUAUGUUCGAUCAAGUGGUGAAGUUUGGAGCGUACAUCGUGGAUGGAUUCCGGGAGUAUCGGCAACCCAUCAUCGUGUACAUUCCACCGUAUGGGGAAUUACGUGGGGGAGCUUGGGUCGUCAUCGACCCGACCAUCAAUGCUGACUAUAUGGAGAUGUAUGUCGACCCGAACUGCAGAGGAGGAGUAUUGGAGGCAGAGGGAACGGUAGAGAUCAAGUUCAAGAUGAAGGACCAAGUGAAAGCAAUGCAUCGCUUGGACCCCGUGGUGUCGUCGUGCCUCAAAAGACUCGGAGAUCCGAACUUGAAUGCAGAAGAGAAAAAGGAAUUGGGGAAGGCUCAUCACGAGAGGGAGCAUUUUCUUUCUCCCAUUUACCAUCAAGUGGCCGUCCACUUUGCCGAUCUGCACGACACAGCCGAGCGCAUGCACGAGAAGGGAGUCGUUCAGGAUAUCGUACCUUGGGUAUCGGCGCGGAGAAUUCUCUAUUGGCGACUGAGGAGGCUCCUCGCCGAGGGUAACAUCGUCUCCAUCAUCCUCGACGUCCAAACUACCCUCUCUCGUGGACAAGCUCAGGCCAUGCUCCGGAGAUGGUUCAUCGAGGAUCACGGAUCCGUCCAGGUCUCCACGUUCGAUCGCAAUGUCAGUUACCUAUGGGAAGACAACGAGAAGGUAGGCAUGUGGUUGGAAGAGCAGCUGAAGAGCCCGACCUCGUGUGCCGUCAUGGAUAACGUCAGAUGCAUCAGACGAGAAUCUGUCUUGGACCGAAUUCGGAACCUUCUCCUGGAGAAUCCAGAAGUGUCGGUAGACUCCAUCAUCCAUGCGUUUCGGCGCAUGAGCACGUCCUCCAGGGCCGAGAUGCUAAGAACCCUGAAUAAUCUGGCUUUGGAAGAAGAGGAAGAAAGCGGGAAAGGGGAAAGAGAGGGAUCUCCUACCACUCCCGUGGAUCCUUCAUCUUCGAACCCCCCUCCUUCUGUUUCCAAGACUUCACCUCACUCUACGCAACUCCCAUAAUUUCAUUCCAAAUAAUAUAUUCUCUAUGCCAAGCGCAAGACUAGAGACACGAGUGCGGUUUUGAGGAAGGAAUGAAAAGAGAGAGACGCCGAAGAUGGAUUCCAUAUUUCCAUUCCUCAGAAUCUUCUUUGGAGUAUGCAGAUGAACUGAAGUAGGUAAUACACGGUAUUCUGCUAUACUCGGAAGAAGGUUGCAAGGAAUCGAAAGCGCGGAUUCAUCCUCUUCGUCUCCGUCAUCAUUUUACCAAGGUCACUCUCGUACAUCUCGUCUUAGCUUUCGGUCGGUCUCUUUCUGUUGGUUUUCGGUUGGUCGACGGUUUCUUGUUUAUCGUGCAAAUCUAUCUAUAUACUUGGGUCGGGAGAAAUAUAUCACUAUAUGAUAACGAA